GUGAAUUCCCGCUUAGUUUGAAACGUACGUCAAAGUGCCAUACAACGAAAUUUACUGUUCCCCAGCCUCAUCUAUAAAUUAAUUCUUUUCAAGUUUCUUUUUCAUUCUUGGAUGGAAAUGGCUACGAAAUCGAUUGUAAGGUACAUUUUAUUUGUUUCGGUCAUUUGCUGCAACUGCCAAUCAGACAAAAACCCAAAAACAAACAACCCUGGCGGUUCUUCUUCUUGGGCGAAACUGCAAAUCUCAGCGGACACGUUAAGUUCUAUGAAGUACGGCAACUUUCUCAUUGAAAUUUACGAACACGCCAAUAAUCACAAGCAAACGACAACAGCCAGCCAGAAAAAAUAUUUCUACGCUCCCAUUGCGCUGCUGGACCACAAAAGUGCCGUUAGUUCUUACAACAACGUUACGAAACAGCCAGAGAUGAGAUUUCGCAUUGAAAUGUGGAACGACAAAGUCCAAAAUGAAGUGGUCAAACAUUUAAACAAAUCUAACGGCCAAGAAAUACAAUCCGAUAAUGUGAGAGUUAUUCCCUUGGAGAAGGUCAUUCUUGCCACCAAAAGAGCCACAGUUGAUUAUUCGCUAUCGCCAGAGUGGACAAAUUAUGACAAGAGCAAAACUUUAAGACUGUCUCUAUCGUGUAAUGACCAGAAAAUCUGCGACGAACUGGCCAGUCAAAUGCGAUCGAAUCCCGAACAAUUUGACCAUUUGAAACUCCUGUACAGUUUAUCAUCGCAGACGUCACAAACCAAACAGACGGCCAUCAGCAUCGACAGCGUCACUUCCGGUCAUUUAGUCUCGACUCUUUUACAGAAAUUCGGAGACAAGAAAGAAAUUUUUCUGACGGCCAACGACGAGAAGAAAAUGUUGUCGGAAACGGCCACCAACAUCCGAAUGGACACAUUUGACGACUACGAGGUCGGGUCGCCUGAUACGGAAUCUCAAAUUUCAAAAAUUUUAAAAGGUUUGCUGGUCACGUCCAGAACGACAAUAACUAAACAAAGCGACAAAAUGUGGGACUCUGUUUUCUGGAAUGACGACAAUUAUCGGCCGGACAUUACGACGAAAACUUUAAAUGAAAUCCUCACCAAACUGGACAAGGAAACUCAAAAGAAAUUGGCGGAUAUGUUUCAGGAAGCGGAGAGGCAGUCUGAAAUAACAGAAAAAUUAACUUCAAGUAAUAAAGACGAGGAGAAAAGACGUGAGGAACAAGUUCGUCGUGAAAAUCAAUCGAAAGAUGCAAAUGAAAAUGAAAGGAGAAGAUCACAAGCAACGGACCAAGGGCAAUCCAGCCGCAAUAAAUCCCGGGAUGACAAAUCGAAUACAAACAAAGUUGACACGGAAGUCGGUGGCGGUGGGUUGGUCUUUAGUUUUAACGCUAAACUCGCAGUAGAAAAUAGUAACACUCACAAUACCGAACGAGAAAACGAGAAGAGUGAAAACGCCAAGAAAAGUUCGGAUGAACACGACAGAAAGUCAGAGAAUAAAGAAAAAAUCCAGCACAAUUUCGACUCAAACAGUUGGGCUGACAUGGACAGAAUCAGUUCAACAAUUUCAGGGAAAAUGGCAAACGAUUCCGAUCGUUCCCGGCGGGUAGAAAUUUCAAAAGAAGAAAUCGCAAAAUUAUUAAAAGAAAGUAAAGACCACGUCCAAUGGGACGGAGAGAAAUUUGUGCCCAAACCGAUGCAACAAAGCCGAAUCAAUUUGGGCAAAUUUCGUGAUUCUCAAUCGUUUCAGAAUAAAAACGUCGGUGUUCGUUACACGACCGCCGAACUGUCGGCACCGAUAAAAUUUUUAGAACACACAGAAUUGACCGUCACUGACGAAUGGAAUCAUUUAAAGGGCGAACUCAAAGCCACCACUGAGCUGUUGAGAGCAACUGUGAAUAAUUUGGUUAUAACGAGAACGGAACUGAAAAAUGCGAAGAACGAUUUAACUAAAACACGAAUUGAUUUCACUAAUAAAUUAGAAGGGACUAAAAAGGAGUUGGAGAAAACGAAGGCCAAUGUUAAUAGUUUAUCUUCCCAGUUAAAUGAAACUAAAAAGGAGUUGGUGAACACGAGGGCUGAUUUAGUGAUUUAACCAAAAACCUCGAUGGUUUAUUUUCAAAAUUAAAGGCGACUGAAAAAGAAUUGGCAGAAACGAAAAUAACGACCAGAAAUUUGACAAUUUGUCAACUGAACUCAAAAUGAAUUCAAAUCAAUUGCGUCAAGAUCUAAAAGUCGCUGAAGAAAAUCUGAAAAAAGAUCUGACAGCAACCUCAGCCGGCUUGGAAAAUUUGGCUUCAACGAGAAGCGAAUUAGGCAGCACCAAAUCCGCCGUUGCGGAUUUGGUGACCAAAUUAAAUGCCCGAACAAGUGAAAUAGUCAAAACUGGUCGAAUGCCAAAUUCGUGUGCGGAUCUACAACGAACGGGACAUAAACUGAGCGGAUUCUUUUCCGUCAAAGGAUUAAAGAAGAUGGAAAUGAUUUACUGCAACUUUUUGCCAAUCAAAAUGACAAACAGAAAUGGAUCGGAUACGCCGACGUCAAAUCUGCGCCCGUCCAUUUCUACGUCCAGAGAAAUUCUAAUUUUAACACAACUGGAACUCCGAUUCCGUUCGAUUUGGCGCGGGUGAACGAGGGAAACGCCAUAAAUUUG